GGCAGGGUUCUCUAUGUGUUAGUGCAUGUGGAAAUAUUUUCUUCUUUUCUAAAAGUCACAAAGUUAAGAUAAGUAAUGUCUUUCAUCAGUCAAAAUUAGAGCAGGAACACGACACAUGUUAUAUAAACGACUGUUUGCCGCACUGGAUCAGUAAACGUAGGAAACCAUGGAGAUUUUGCUAGUGGUUAAGAUCGUUAUAUUGGCAAUAGUGUUUCUGGUAACCUCAGCUAAGCAGUUUACCAAAGACGACUAUGACGCGUUCUUCGACUUUGAAACUGGUGUCAAAAAAGAAAACGAGAGCGUUGCCGUGCAUAUUCCAUUUACUGGGUCUGGAUGCAGUACAAUUGGGGUUCUCAAAAUAAUGCUGUCAAAGGAUGAUGUACGGAAGAAGCGGGUGCUGGUCGACAUGGAAAUGACGUCCCCCACAGGCUGGCUUUUUGACCUGGGGGACUCAGACACCAACAACGGCUACGCUGGAGACGCGAUGACACAGGCCUCAGACGCUGAGGUACAAGGCUUAGACGGAUUCAUGUCGGCCUACUACAGCGAUAACGGCGGCAGUGGACUGGCCUUUAGCUUGCCCAACAAAUUUACCAAACGUGUGACACUGGUUGCCGGUGACAGUCACGUGACCUGGAUCUUUGACGAUGACGUCACCACGGCCAACUACUUCUCCAGCCCUGGCCUGUACGGCCUGAAAGGUCAGUGGCAGUGUGAGGGUUCGGUCAACUAUGACCUUUACCUUGGCAUCAACGGGGUGGUGGAUGGCGGCGCUUACUCGGGACGCACAGGGAGCGGAGUGUGCCGAGUCGGCUUGAAGAUUUUACCGGAAAUUUAAUGACUUCGAUGAAAAAUCUUCAGUGCACAUUUUUUUUUCUUUUUUUGUACUUCACUAUUAUUAUUAAGCAAAUGUUAUUAUUCGCUAAUUUCUUAUCAAGGUUUAAUAAUCCACUUAUAUCUUUCUUCACAGUUUCUAUCUUUGCAGUUUUAGUAAUUUUGACAAUGUCUUAAAAAGCGUUUUAUUAUUUUGGAAUUCACAUUUCGCAAAUUAAAAGAAAAUAAUUAUUUUGUGAUUACAUUCAUCGUUAAUGGAUCUUUUACAUUUGUAAACAAGGAAUUAAUAUUUCGAAAAAAAAAAUCAAAUUAUUGUAUUGUUUGUCUAAAUACGUUUUGUUUUUAAUUUUUAUUUAAAUUUUUUAUUUUUAGCAUUGCAGAUAGUAAUCACUACAAUUAGCUUUUUACUUGUUUUCUAUUUUAGUUUGAAAAUUUAUUUCAUUUCUUUCAUAAAAGUAACCAACAUUAUUUGAAGAUAGAACAUUGAAUAUUAUUAUGUGUAUAUCUAUUACAGUUACUAUAUACUACUUAAAAUUAAUUGUUACUGAUUCUGAACGUAUUAAUUAUAAACCUAAAAUAAUAAAGAAUAUAAUUGUAUAAUG